AUUUGCUUUAAACAGAUUCUAAAACAGAGGCCGAGAUUUGUUGCGUUAAAGAAGCAACCAUCUUAUAUUGGAGGGCGCGAUUGUUUAGAGUUAAGAGACUAUCAGUUAAAUGGGCUGAACUGGCUUGCUCACUCGUGGUGCAAAGGGAAUAGUUGUAUUCUUGCAGAUGAAAUGGGUCUGGGUAAAACAAUACAAACAAUUUCUUUUCUGAACUACCUGUUCCAUGAACAUGAACUGUAUGGGCCUUUCUUGCUGGUUGUCCCGCUUUCUACUUUGACGUCUUGGCAAAGAGAGAUUCAAACUUGGGCUCCUCAGAUGAAUGCUGUGGUUUACUUAGGAGAUAUAGCUAGUAGAAAUACGAUAAGAACUCACGAAUGGAUGCAUCCACAGACCAAACGAUUAAAAUUCAAUAUACUUCUAACAACUUAUGAAAUCUUGCUGAAGGAUAAGUCAUUCCUUGGUGGUCUGAAUUGGGUGUUUAUAGGGAUUGAUGAAGCUCAUCGUUUAAAAAAUGAUGAUUCCCUUCUAUACAAGACUUUAAUAGACUUCAAGUCCAAUCAUCGUCUUCUUAUUACUGGAACCCCCCUGCAGAACUCCCUCAGAGAGCUUUGGUCUUUGCUGCACUUCAUCAUGCCAGAGAAGUAA